AACUAUCACAAUUAAAUGAUAGAAAAAAUCAGUUGAACCGAUUAAGGAUUAAAUGACUCACUUUGAGAUCGAGAAAAAAACUAUCAUGACAUUCAUAUAAAAGGAUAAGUUCAAUGGUGAAUUUUUUUCCAGUACAAAUGUGAAUUUUGUGUACAUCGUUUUUUUAAUCAUCAUCAUGUAUCUAGUUAAUUGUUUGGUAUUUAUUUUUCUAUCCAUGGAAUUGAUUUCUUCUGCUGCUAUUCAAAAUUCAUCUCAUCCCAAAGUAACAAUCAAAAAUUGAACAAUGUUUAAAUCAAUGGAAUACGAGAUAAUUAAUUUAUCGGCACCGGAACCAUUUAGACAGUCUUCAACUUUACCACCUUCGCCUCCAACCACAACCAAGACAACUUUAUCACCGACAAUAUCAUCAAAUUCAACAACAACCUUAUCCACCCCAUCAACGCCAAGAUCAAGACUGGAAAUCGAACCGGAAAUGGUUCGAACUCAAUCCCGAAUGAAAUUAAAUCGACAAGACAAAUCAGAUUUUACAUUCACAAAAACAUUCACUCCAAUUCCCCGAAAUCAAACAAAUUACAUGUAUUCGCUUUUUUCUUCUACAUUUGGAUACAAUUUAUUCUCACCUUAAUUGUUGUUUAAUUGAGCUAAAACAUUUUCUUCCCAAAGAGAAUUGAAAUAUUUUAUAUAAAUGAAAAGAGCGCAUGAGUAUCGCUCAUUCAAUACUAUUGAAAUUCAAUAGUAAAUAAAGUGAAAUUGUUUACAUUGUUUGUCUCAAACAAAUUGAUUGAUUUCUCUCUAAUUACUCAACAAUUAAGUUUUAUUUUCUUAAAAUGUCCCAAAUCAGUACACCUUUAAUUCGGAACCGAGAAACAAUCAAAAGUGUUCGAAAUUCCCUUAAAUCAGCUCAGAAAUUAUCUCAACAAUCGUUCCAUCAAUUGACUAAAGCUGUUCUUGAUUACCUUUCAAAAGGAUUACCUUUGGAAGCGAAUCAACUUUCAAUCGUAAAUGAACUUAAUCUUACUGAUCACGAAUCUAAAUUGUUGAUUCAAAACUUAAUCAUCUUAUUGCGACAUUGCCUUAGAUAUCGAACCUCAAAUCGCUCAGCUAAUUUAAUUGACAUUCUCUCGGAUGAGCUCAGACUUUCGAAAGAUUUUGGACAAUUAAUACAAAACCAGAUCGAAUCUGUCAACAGUAUGACAAGUAUUGUGCCUUAUGGACCCAAAUUACCCUCUUGUCGGUCAAUUAAAUGGCGGAUCGAUGUGGUUAUCUCAAGUUGCUCUCUGUCUAAAGUAUUGGAACCUUUGAUUAUUUUUGAGAUUCUCACAGAUUCAGAUCAACGAUUACGAUUUGAUUGUAGUUUAACCAAAUUCAAUCAACUUCGUCUCGCUGUGGCCGCAUCAUUAUCAGAAUUACAUCGAUUGGAAGAGAAGAGGAAAUUUUAUCCUUCAUUGAGGGCCAAUACCAUGAGAUAAAUUGUUCUCGAGACGAAUUGACUUAAAAGAAAAAGGAAAAUCAAUUGGAUAUAUUUUUUGUGACCAAUGAAAAUAAUAAUGUAACUUCAAAAUCUUGGGUAAAAUUGUGAAAUGAAAUGAUAAUUUUAUUUACUUAA